AUGGCAGAGUUUGAGCAGGACGAAGUCCUGGAGGAACAGCUCACCCGCAACGUGCAAUUCUUCGGUCUACCUGCCCAGAAGCGCAUCGGCGGUAGCUUUGUGGUGGUGGUCGGCCUGGGGGGCGUGGGCUCGCAUGCGGCGCACCUGCUGCUGCGGUCGGGAGUGGGGCGCCUGCGCCUGAUCGAUUUCGACCAGGUCACCCUGUCCUCCCUCAACCGCCACUGCCUGGCCACCAGGGCCGACGUGGGGCUGCCCAAGGCCGCCUGCCUGGCCCGACACUUCCGAGGCGCGCCCAUGCCCUGGCUGCCGCUGCUGCGCUUGGACAUCCUCCCCGAGGCGGCUGUGGAGGCGCGCGUGGAGAUGUACACGCAGGAAGGGGAAGAGGCACUGCUGGCGGGGGCGCCCGACUUUGUGCUGGAUGCAAUCGACAACAUCGACACCAAGGUGGCGCUGCUGGCCGCCUGCCGGCGGCGCGGCAUCCCGGUGCUGUGCUGCGCGGGGGCGGGCGCCAAGGCCGACCCCACCCGCCUGCGCCUGGUGGAUGUGUCGGAGGCGGCGGCGGACCCGCUGGCGCGCGCUGUGCGGCGCCGCCUGCGGGGCGACCACGGCAUCGAGGAGGGGCUGCCUAUCUUGCUAUCUACAGAGCGGCCGCGGUGUGGGCUGGUGUACGGCGGCGGUGAGGGCAGCAACCCGCUGGACUACCAGGUGGUCCCCAACUUCCGCAUCCGCACCAUCCCCGUGCUGGGCACCACCCCCGCCAUCUUUGGGCUGGCCGCCGCCGCCUACGUGCUGUGCCAGCUGGCGGGGCAGCCGUUUGUCUCGGAGCCGCACUUCCGGGUGCAGCCCAAGCAGUAUGCCGGUAUCUUCCAGGCGCUGUACGAGCGGGAGGAGCUACGGUACGGUACCGCAGAGGGGAUUGGGGUGGACGCAGAGGAGGUUGAGGUGCUCGUGAAGGAGCUGUGGCGCGGGCGCAGCGCGCGCGCCCCGCAUCCGCCGCCGCACGACAGGGGCGUCACCCGGUCUGUGGGCCACCUCACGCUGACGCGCUGGGACCCGGCGCGCCCUGCAUCCAUUGACAACCUGGUGCUGCUGACCCAUGCCGAGGCAGACAGCCACGAGCAGCUGGGCAGCCUCGAGGCGCUGCGGCGCCAGGAGCCGGAGCUGUGCCGGCGGGUGGAGGCGGUGCUGGAGCGGGCGCGGCUUGAGUUCCGGUGGAGAGCCUGA